UCGCCAGCAAUAUAUCACGUCAUUAAGUAAAAGCGUAAUUUUCAUAUUCCAUUCUAUAUUUUUUGUUAUCUUUAUUAUUUUAGGUCCUUAAGCAAUUGUGCGUAACGUACCGGUGUUUGCGUUAUUAAAAAUUAUACAUUACGAGGUGAAAACAAAAGGCGAUCGCAGAACGUCGGUAAAACAGUCCUUUAUCGACAAUAGACAGAGUGCAUGUAACUGCAUUGGUCAUUAACUGCAGUACGCUGUCGAAGAUGGUAUCAAACGCGUGGUCUCCAAACAUCAAGGAUAAAGUGUUUUUGGUGACAGGCGGUGCAGCCGGAGUUGGAGCCGCUGUGGUUCGAAGUUUGCUCGCAGAUGAUGCUCGGUGCGUGGUGUUCUUGGACGUGCUGGACCGAGAGGGUACGGCCCUCGAGACCGAACUCUUACAAAAGUUCGGAGCACUACAAGCAAAGUUCAUAAAAUGCGACAUCUCCGAUGAAAACCAACUCGAGGUAGCGUUCCGCCAAGUUCUCGACAAAUAUAGAAAACUUGAUGUGGUUAUAAACAACGCUGCGAUUUUGGGCGUUGAUAAAUUGUUCAAGAAGAUGAUUGAUAUCAAUUUCACAGCAACAGUCAGCUGUACUAUUAAAGCGCUAGAAAUUAUGAGCGAAGAAACUGGAGGGUGUGGUGGUACAGUCCUCAACUUGUCGUCUAUGCUGGCGCUGAAACACCAUAGUCACCUGCCCGUGUACUCUGCGACUAAAGCAGCAGUAUUACAAUUCAGCAAUUCACUUGGGACAGAAGAAUAUUAUUCAAAGACAAAAGUUCGCGUCAUGACUGUGUGCCUUGGCCCAACAGACACUGCCAUACUACAGCGACAAAACUUGGAAAACUUCGACAAAGAUUGCACAAGCCUAGCUUCGCGCGUCCCAGUGCGCCAGAGCGUGGAAUCAGCAGCUAAAGGAAUAAUAGAAGUGAUAAAAUAUGGAACAGCUGGCUCAGCUUGGGUAGUAGUCGACGAAAAACCGCCUAAAGAUAUUUCCAAAAAUUUGAAAGAUGCCUUCAGUUCCUUACCUCGAGAUGCCACUGGUGUAUUAAAACCAGAACCGGCUGAGUAGUUCAUUCCACAUUCUGCGCCAGAAUUCACCAGUUGAUGGGAAGCGAACUUACAGCUGAACAUUUGCCAAAUCCGACACGUUCUGUUUAACUAUUCACCGGGAUGUUUCAGCGCAUCUAAAUUAGAGCUGUG